CCCAACAGCAGCAGCAAUGCCUUAGCUCGCCAUGGCCCCGACGACCGCCACCCAGGGCGCCACCGCAGCGCACCACCACCAUGCUGCCAACAGCACGCCCGUGGCCGGCCGCGACCACGUCGUCAUCUUCCCCUUCAUGGCGAAAGGCCACACGCUCCCGCUGCUCCACUUCGCCGCGGCCCUCUCGGCGCACCACAGGGACCUCCGCGUCACCCUGCUCACCACCCCAGCCAACGGCGCGUUCGCCGCCGGCCGCCGGCCCCCGUCGGUGCGCCUCGUCGAGCUCCCGUUCCCGACGCUGCCGCCGCUGCCGCCGGGCGUCGAGUCCACCGACGCGCUCCCGUGCCCGUCCCUGUACCCGGCGUUCCUGGGCGCCACGGCGCUCCUGCGGGACGCCUUCGCGGGGUUCCUCGCGACGCUCCCGUCCCCGCCGCUCGCGCUCGUCUCGGACUUCUUCCUCGGGUUCACGCGCCGCGCCGCGGCCGACGCCGGCGUCCGCCGCGUCGUGUUCCACGGCAUGUCCUGUUUCUCCAUGGCCAUCUGCAAGGCGCUCAUCGUGAACCCGGCGGCGGCCAGCUUCGGACCCGCCGGCGCUCCGUUCCACGUGCUCGGCAUGCCGGAACACGUGGCGAUCACGCCGGACGAGGUCCCCGACACGUUGGUCAAGUUGGCCGACCCCGAGGACCCCGUGACCCGAUUCAUCAUCGACGACGUCGGCUUCUCGGACGUGCUCAGCUGGGGCGUCCUGGUCAACAGCGUCGCCGCGCUGGACGAGGACUACGUGGCGCCGCUCGAGUCAUUCUACCAGCCGGGCGCCCGCGCGUGGCUCGUGGGUCCGCUGUUCCUCGCCGCCGGCGACACGUCGGAGGGCGACAAGGAGCAGGACCCCGACGGCUGCCUUGCCUGGCUCGACGAGAGGGCGGCGCAGCCAGGAUCGGUGGCCUACGUGUCGUUCGGCACGCAGGCCCACAUCACUGACGCGCAGCUCGACGAGAUAGCCCACGGGCUGGCGCAGUCCGGCCACCGCUUCCUCUGGGUCGUCCGGUCCGAUACGUGGUCGCCGCCGGUGGACGUGGCCCCCGACAGCCGGAUUGUCCGCGGGUGGGUCCUGCAGGAGCGUCCUGGCCCACAAGGUAGUCGGUGGAUUCGUGAGCCACUGCGGGUGGAACUCGGUGAUGGAGAGUGAGGCCCCGUUUGGGAGGGCUUUUGGAGUGGCUUCACGAGCGGCUCCAGGUGAAGCCCUCCCAAAUGUUUGUUUUGUAACCGGCUUCACGUGUGAAGCCGGUUCUGAAGCUAGCGGCGGCUUACACAGACAAAGUGAAGUCAUGAAAUCGUGGCUUCACGCGGCUUACACAUCAAUCUAACAAGUGAAGCUGUUUUGCCAAACAUUUUCUAAAACGGCUCCAACUCCACCAGAGAAGCCGCUCCAUCUGAGGAGCCAGAGCCGGAGCUAUUUUUGGAAGAGCCGGAGCCCUGCCAAACGGGGCCUGAAAGUGAUCGGGUGCUCUAGGCUAAAUGUGAGAGGAAGUGAAUUAGGCACUCUAAAAAUCUUAAUCUAUGUCUCCAAUUAAUUUGCACAAAACUGAAACUAAAACAAGUUAUCUAAAUAUGCAACUAUGGUUCACCUUAGUG